AGCAGAGUAGAAGAUAGAGCAUCCACGUGUGACCUGGUAUUUAAUGAAUAUCAUUGCUCUGAAAGACGCAGAGACACAAGAAAUGGAGACUGUGUAUUCAAAUAUUAUGGAAAAAGUUCCAUCAUCUGGUAGGAAGAAAUGCUCACCAACAAAGCUGUUAUUCAUCCAAAUAGGUCAAAUAAUGGCUCUGUUCCUGCUCUUAAUCAUCGUGUCUGCCUUACUAUUCAUCAUGGAUUCUCGUACAUCUGAGAGGAUGAAUAAUAUUGUGCAGAGCAUCUUACAGGCCAGACAAAAUGAGAAAUCCUGCUGUGACACUUACUGGAAGGAAUUUGACAAAAGCUGUUAUUACUUUGAAGUGAGUCAAAUGAACUGGAUAGAUGCCCGUCUCUUUUGUAAACGGAUAAAUAGUGACCUAGUCAUCGUCAACAGUGAGGAGGAGCAGCAAUAUCUUCAACAUAUAACAGGAGGUGUUUUUUACUGGAUUGGUCUCCAAAGGCUUAAUAACACUUGGACAUGGGUUGAUGGAUCAAUCAUCAAAGAAUCAUCUGGAUUUUGGCGUGAAAAUGAACCAAAUAAUAAAGGGGGAAAAGAAAACUGCGUAGCCCUAACCUUCAAAGGAGAGUGGAAUGACGCACCAUGUGUCAACCGGGAGUAUCAGCCUAUCUGUGAGAUAUAAGAAGUCAGCUCGCAAAGUGUUUAUUAUCAAUUCUAUACAUUCGAAUUUUUACAGCUGCUACGAUGUGUUGAUGUCCAGCAGAUAGUAGCUCUAUGAUUUAAAAGUUUUAGCCGCUCAUGUUUUCCUGUGCUUAGCUUCUGGAUCUGAUGUCCAUUUAUUCAUAUUCCCUGGUGUUGAACUCAGCCUGAA